AUGAGUAGAGAUGGCAGUAACAGCAGCAGCAAUAAGAUGAUUGAAGUGGAGAUGAAGGUCACUUAUGAUGAGUCGACGAAAGCAAAGAUACUCGAGUUGGCCACGGAUAAGGGAUCAUUCCAAUCGUUCACAGACAGAUACUUUGAUGAUGAUCAAUAUAGUCUGACAACCAGAGAUAUUUGGCUGCGAUUGAGAGACGAGACAUGGGAGUUGAAAUGUCCCGUCACCAAACAGUUGGCAUCAAUGACUUCGGCAACAUCAACAUCGACCACGUCAUAUUACGAUAUGGAUGACAAGCGAGAGAUCAUGAACUACUUGCAACACAAUGGUAUCAUCGACCCAGUCACGAGCGACAAUGUUGUCGACGUUGACGAGUACAUCGACGAGCUACUCGCACGUCUGGAAGCCAAGUCCAUCACACCAUUCGCCGUGAUCGUUACAUUUAGAGAAUCAUUCAAUAUUGUUUACAAAGGUCAGCAGUUCAGAGUUGACUUUGACACAACAGAGACAAGUGCACUUAAAGAUUAUCAACUAUGCGAGAUAGAGUUGAUGGUGAAUGAUAAUGAAUCAGAUCGAUUGAUUGCUCAACAACAAAUACAACAACUAUGUCAGGAACUUGGACUCAUCCCACCCAACAAGCUCUAUGGCAAAGUACUCGAACUAAUCAAACGAACUCGUCCAGAUCAUUGGAGAGCAUUACUCGACGCCAAGCAGAAGUCUGUUGUUGCAACAUCAUCAUCUUAG